AUGUCGUCCGAACCCUUGCCACGUGAGCUCUGGUCUCACCCCGACCCAGAGUCGACACAGAUGUACAAAUUCAUGCAGCUUGUCAACAGAGAUCACCACCUCAAGCUUUCGACCUUCCAAGAUCUCUACCAAUGGUCCAUCGACCACCGAUCUAAAUUCUACGCCCAGCUGUUCGACUAUCUCCACAUCAUACACGAGGGCUCUUAUACCCGCGUAGUGGAUGAGAGCGCACCGAUCAACGACCUUCCGCAUUGGUUCGAGGGUGUCCGCCUCAACUUUGCCGAAAAUGUGCUCUGGUCACGCAGCAGUGCAGCAGACCCCGAGGACUACCACGGGACGACUGGCAAGGAGGACAGCAAGAUUGCCCUUACGGCUGUCCGAGAGGGCUGCACUGAGCUGAAGGAGGUGUCCUGGGGUGAGCUGCGCGCUCGGUCGGCUCACUAUGCCGCGGCACUGAAAGCCCUUGGCGUCGGCCGUGGCGAUAGGAUCGUCGUCGUUGGAUCGAACAGCGUCGAGACGCAGCUGAUCCUCAUUGCGACGACCUGGGUGGGCGGCAUCUUCAGUAGCAGCUCGAGCGAUAUGGGAGCCCAGGGAGUGUUGCAGCGGACGGUCCAGAUUGACCCAAAGUUCAUCUUCAUGGACGAUGCGGCAGUGUACAAUGGCAAGACUCUCGACCUUCGUGACAAGAUGAGCGAGAUUCUCAAAGGCAUGGAGCCUUGCGCCAACUUCCAAGGACUUAUCUCCAUACCUCGCUUUGAGCAAAAGCCACUCGACAUCAGCAAGAUUCCCAGGACUCAGACUCUGGACAAUUUUCUCUCGUCCACGUCCGCAGCAGCAGCUCCUCCUCCCAUUGAACGCCUCGCCUUCCAUGACCCGUUCCUGAUCUGCUACUCCUCUGGCACGACGGGCAUCCCGAAAGCCAUUGUGCACUCCGUCGGUGGCGUGCUCGUCAGCCUGUUCAAAGAGGGCCGGCUGCACAGCGACGCCACUCCGUCAGACGUGGCCCUGCAGUACACGACGGUCGGAUGGAUCAUGCUGCUCCAGAUCCCCGCGCAGCUGUGCGUCGGUGCACGGGUGAUCCUGUAUGACGGGUCGCCGUUCAUCCCCGACGCGAAGGCGUUUGUGCGGCUCAUCGGCGAGCAAAAGGUGACCAAGCUGGGGAUCAGCCCGCGGUGGAUGGCGGAGCUCGUCAAGGCCGGCAUAUCGCCGCGCGAGUUGACAAAUUUGUCUAACUUGAAGCUCGUCACCAGCACUGGCAUGGUCCUGAGCAACGAGCUGUUUGAGUGGUUUUAUGAAAAAGGAUUUCCCGCCCAAGUUCACCUGUCAAACAUUUCUGGCGGUACAGAUAUCGCCGGCUGUUUUGCCGCAGGGAACCCACUCACCCCAGUCCGCGUCGGCGGCAUCCAGGGCCCCUCUCUCGGCGUCCCCAUUGCAGUCUACGACUCCCUUGUCGAGGCCGGCGGGCCGGGGAGCGCCGUGCCCGACGGCACGCCGGGCGAGCUCGUCGCCACCGCGUCGUUCCCCAACGUGCCCGUGUUCCUCUGGGGCGACGGCGCGGCGCCCAACGAUCCGGAUCUCGCCGCGCGGGCCGACAAGUCGAAAUACCACGGCGCCUACUUUGCGCGGUACGGCAACAACGUCUGGGCGCACGGGGACCACGUCGUGGUCCACCCGGUCACGAAGCAGAUCACCUUCCUGGGGCGGGCCGACGGCGUGCUGAACCCGAGCGGCGUGCGGUUCGGGAGCGCAGAGAUAUACUCUGUCCUGGAGCAGGGCGCGCUGGCCGAGGAGAUUGCCGACAGCGUGGUGGUCGGGCAGAGGCGGCCCGGGGUGGACAGCGACGAGAGCGUCAUGCUGUUCCUGAUGAUGCGCCCGGGCAAGAAGUUCGGCGAGGACCUCGUGCGGAGGGUCAGGGAGGCGAUUGCGAGGGAGCGGAGCAAGAGGCAUGUUCCGAAGUACAUCUUUGAGACGCCCGAGAUUCCGGUCAGUAAACUCCUUGGUCCCUCGGCUUUCCUCCUGCUCCUCCCGAAUUCUACUUGGACCACAAUCAACGGCAAAAAGAUCGAAAUUGCCGUCAAGAAGAUCGUCUGUGGCGAGACGGUCAAGCCCAGUGGUACUGUGUCGAACCCGGACUCGCUCAAGUACUACUACCAGUUCGCCCGAGUGGAGGAGCUGGUGCCUCCAAGAGCGAAGCUGUGA